UUCUGCUUCUGGCGUAGAUAAAUACAGCAGCAGCAUGCUGAGUUCAUGCAGACAAGUUGAACAGUCAAUCAGCACAGACAUCUCACCUCUGUUAGGUCAGUCCUGAGUUGUGAUAUUUUUGGAUCGAAUUCCGUCGACAAGAUGCGCACAUUGUUCCUUGUAGUCCUGUACACUGGACUGUGUUGUUCUGACAGCAGCCAGGAAAGCAUAGACACUCUAAUGAAUAAUGUUCUGGUCCUGAGGGUGUCUGAUGGUGAAGGCAGCAUGAUGUAUGUCCCUCUGACCUGUGGAGAAGCUUAUGAAAACCAGCCUGUGUUUUGGAAGAAAAACGGUGAGGUGCAGCCAGCACUGCAGGGGAACCAGGUCAAAGUCCUAGUGGAGGAGAUGGAUGGAGGAAACUACACCUGUCACCUUGGCCCAGAGGGGGAAUACCUCAACCAUACUGUGAUCCUGAUUCAACUAGAGCCAGACAACAGGACUGUCAUACUGGAAGAAAAAUCCCCUGAAGAAGGUCACAUUCACUGUGCAGCACCAAACUAUAAAGGCUCCUUCCACUGUGCCUGGACAAAAACAAGCUCCAGAUCUAAUGCUGCUGUGCUCCUGGUGAAAGCAGAGCGUCAUUUGGAAAAGAUUUCCUGUGAGCUGAAUGCUAAUGCAUCAGGGGUUCACUGCCACGAUGCCAGCUGUCCAUACAAAGAAGAACAACACCGCAUCUUCCUCACUAUUUACAUACACAGCAACGCUCGCCUGGAGGCCUACACAAAAGCUUUCUACCUGAGAGAGAUUGUGAGGCCUGCAAAACUCCCUAAUCUGCAUAGCAGUGAUGGGAAGGCAUUCAGUUGGGACUACCCUGACUCCUGGGAGAAGCCCUGCACCUUCUUUGGCCUGCAGUAUCAGGUCAAGGUGGUGCACAGUGGACAUUCCUGUCAUAGUGAACAGCACAUAGUGAUGGACACCAUUGAGGAAAAAACCUUUGUAGUCAAUGUCAAAGCCAGGAAGUACGUUUUCUGUGUGCGAGCUCAAGACAAGCACACUAGUGGGCCGUUUAGCCCCUGGAGCCACUGCAUAGUGACCAAACAGCAGGUGGAAUGCUAACUUCUCCCGCUGGACUACAACCACAAAGGAAGGAACAACACGAAAAAAAAUGGAUUUAAUGUAUACCUGUACAGUAUUUAUUGAUCCCUCAUUUGUCUAAGUAUAUUGUUAAAUCAGUCCUUUGUAAUAAGAUUGAGAUCAAUUCCUGAUUCUAUUUUAACUCCUAUUUAUAAGUAGUCUUGCAGAAUUGUUGCCAAAAUAUAUUUUUUAACAAUUUGUAAUAAAUUGAUUGAACAUU